GGUCGGUGCCGCAUGGUGUGCGACCCGCACGGACCCCGUGGCCCAGGUCCCGACGGCGCACCUGCUUCCGUACCCCCCUUCCCGCCAGGACCCAAGGGAGAGGUGGGCCGGCGCGGGAAAGCAGGCCUGCGGGGGCCCCCGGGACCACCGGGCCCCAGAGGGCCCCCGGGAGAGCCGGGCAGGCCAGGUCCCCCAGGCCCUCCUGGCCCGGGCCCCGGCGGAGUGGCGCCGCCUGCCGGCUACGUGCCUCGUAUAGCCUUCUACGCGGGCCUGCGGCGGCCUCAUGAGGGUUAUGAGGUGCUGCGCUUCGACGACGUGGUGACCAACGUGGGCAACGCUUAUGAGGCAGCCAGCGGCAAGUUCACCUGCCCGAUGCCCGGUGUCUACUUCUUCGCUUACCAUGUGCUCAUGCGCGGAGGCGAUGGCACCAGCAUGUGGGCCGACCUGAUGAAGAACGGGCAGGUCCGGGCCAGCGCCAUUGCUCAGGACGCAGACCAGAACUACGACUAUGCCAGCAAUAGCGUCAUUCUGCACCUGGACGUGGGCGACGAGGUCUUUAUCAAACUGGAUGGCGGGAAAGUGCACGGCGGCAACACUAACAAGUACAGCACCUUCUCCGGCUUCAUCAUCUACCCGGACUGAGUUGGGCCCCAUUCCCCGCCCCUGCCCGCCCCUAUGCUCGGGUACUCAUCCACCUCCUGUCGGCCCCACCCCUCCUUUGAGAGCACAGCGCGGGGGGAUGGGGGGAAGCUGCGGGCCCUUUAGCGGCCUAAAUGGGCUGACUCUGGGUGAUCAAGGGUACAGAAGGCUGGGGAGCAGAGGCCAGGCUAGAGGAGCAGGAGGGCGGCUCAGAGCACCUGUAAAAGCUGGGACUGGAAGUGGGACCGAGGUUGUGGCCCUCUCUUUUGCCUGGAGCUGGGGAGCAGUUUCAUUAGCAAGGCUCAGGGGCCGGGAAAGUGGAAAGCAGCUUGGUAGGGAGAACAGAAACAGAAGGAGCCCAUCUACGGAAGAGGAGACUGUUGGGACCAGCUAGGCCCUGGUCCUCAAUGGCUGCUUGCUCUUCCAUCCCCAUCUCCCCUCAUCCCCAUCUUCAGGCUACUGGCUCCAGCCUAGGUAGCCUUCCUGUGAACUGGAAGAACCAGUGAAUUCUUUGCUGGCAUCUAAAACUCAUUUCUGUACAGUUCCCAUCCCCUCCCUAUCCUGGGUAGGCCCUGGGGCUACAGCUGCUGUUGCCUCUUCCAAUAAAGUGAGGUUG